GAGCUUGUGUUGCUUCAGUUUUUUACACUGAAAACGAAAACAAUGCUGAAUUCAACGUCAUCAACUUCAUCCUACUUUGUUCUUGAGGCUUAUUUACAAGUGGGAACUUUGAGAUACUUGUUCUUCAUGUUGACUGCAGUGAUUUACGUGUUCAUCCUGAUUUCCAACACGUCUCUGAUUGUAGUUAUCUGUAUGAACAGAAGUCUCCAUGAACCUAUGUACGUGUUCCUGUGCAGCCUGUUUGUAAAUGAACUGUAUGGUAGCACAGGGCUGUUUCCUCUGCUCCUGCUCCAGAUCCUCUCAGACGUUCACACUGUUUCUCGUCCUCUUUGUUUCCUGCAGAUCUUCUGUUUGUACACGUAUGUACACAUCGAAUUUACUAAUUUAGCCGUGAUGUCUUAUGACCGAUAUCUGGCCAUCUGUUGUCCUCUGCAGUACAACACACGUAUGACGGUGAACAAAGCAGUCACCUUCAUUACUGUGCUCUGGUUUUACUCUUUUGUGAAGUUUCUGGUUACGCUAUCGUUGAACAUCCGUUUGCCUCUUUGUGGAAACGUCUUGGACAGUUUGUAUUGUCAUAACUUCCUUGUGGUGAAGUUAGCGUGUUCCGACACCACAGUGAACAACAUCUACGGACUGUUUGGAGUUGUUCUGACCGUCUUAGUUCCUCUGCUUCCGAUCCUGUUCUCCUACACGAAGAUUCUCAAAGUUUGUUUCUCUGGUUCCAAACAGACGAGACAGAAAGCCGUCAGUACCUGCACCCCCCACCUGGUGUCGCUGCUCAACUUCUCUUUCGGCUGUUGCUUUGAGAUCCUGCGCAGCAGGUUUGAUAUGAGCAGCGUCUCCACUGAGCUGCAGAUCAUCUUGUCUCUGUACUUCCUCAUCAUUCAGCCGCUGCUCAGUCCCAUCAUGUUCGGAAUGCAGAUGUCAAAAAUACGACAAACGUAUAAACGUCUGUUCUGUUCUAAAGUCACGACGGUGUCUGCUCACGAGAAUCAGUGA